UGUUUGGUCGGGGGUAUUAUGCUUGUAUGUACGGAUUAGUCUGGAAAUUAGACAGUGAAGAGUUUUGACAACCACUGCCCCUGCUCACACUCCUAGGCUUAUGCCAUGUACAUAUGGUACUUCAAGGGUUAGCAAUGUCCUUGCGCUCAAUAGCGUGGUUGAUAAUCAUCAUAUUACGAUGACUCCCAAAGGUGCCUGAUCAAGAAAGAAUAAAAAAAUCAACUACAAAUAUCUUUGACUCUAAUAUUCUACAGAAGUAUUCGGAUUACUGGCCGGUCCAUUAACCUAUGAAUUCAACGAUCUGGCAAUCGGUGGCGUCUCCGGGUAUUUCUCUUUUCGGUACUUAGAUCACGAUUCGUAAUGCCUCUCGGAAACCAGGGCCCAACGGUCAUCGCCGUCGUGUGCACGGAAGCCAUACUCGCUGGAGGCUUCAUUGGUACGCGAAUUGCCAUUCGUAAAACAUCGAACAAAGGUAUUGGCAUUGACGACUGGUUUCUUAUAUCAACUUGGAUCGUACAGGUUGCAUUCGUAUGUGCCAUAACGGUUUCUUGCCAUUAUGGCUUCGGUCAACAUAACACGGAUCUCUCCAAGUCUGAUGUGCGAAUGGCUACUAAGUCGGAACUUGUUGCUCAAUGCAUUAUUUCAUUUGCGAUGGGACUUAGCAAGGCAGCUGUCGGCAUGUUUUUAAUGCGCAUUGUUGUUCAGAAAUGGCACAAAGUAGUACUCUGGUUCUGGAUUUCCACGAUGAUGGGUUGGUCUAUUCUGCUUUCCAUCACUGUCUUUGCUCAGUGCGUUCCAUUCGAGUCUCUCUAUGACGAGCGUGUCCCGCGCGAAUACUGCCCUCUAGAUUUAACUACAAUUGCAUACAUCAUGUGUUCUUGGUCUGCUGCGAUGGACUUUUUCCUAGCAGGAUUCCCUUGGAUGGUACUUUGGAAGUUAAACAUGGGAAAAAAGGAAAGGGUUACAAUUUGCGUCUCUCUCAGUUUAGGAAUAUUGGCAGGAAUUUGCGGAGUUGUUAGAACGUCCGGUCUCUAUGUUCUAAGCCAUACCGAUGAUUAUUUGUUUGCCACCGCCGAAUCGGUGAUGUGGACCAGUAGCGAACUUACCAUUACACUUAUCUGCGUAUCUGUUCCAGUACUCCGACCGAUCUGGGUUCGACUGCUCGGUGGGACCACCUCGGAUCGAUAUUACAAGCAGAGUGAAGGAUCACGUGGUUUAAUCACGAUAGGGAGGAUGAGAAAUACAAGGCAUGCAGAUGCGGAGAUAGGCUUGGGUGCUAUUCGGCCUGAUAUAAAAAACGCGAAUGUGACGACAAUUGGUGCCUCCGGGCGGAACUCGGACGACGGCAGUGAGCGGACCAUACUGAGGGACAAUCAAGCUAUUCAAAGAACACGGGAAGUUACUGUUGCAUACGAGGAUAAAUAAAUACAGGGG